AUGACCAGCGAAAAUAAUAUAACCAGAGAAUCCAAAACAUCUACAAACACUGCAUCUCACACUCAAUCAUGUUAUACUAACGAUAUUCCCGAAUUUCCUUCAUGCAACCACGAAGACUUCUCCGUCCAUUCUGCUUUAUGCAAUAACAUCGCCAUAGCAAAAGAUAAAGCGAGGUCUUACCAAGACCUCACAGAUGCCUGUUUUGGCUCGGCCACUCUUGAAAAUGCUAGAUCAGAGCUCAUCACUUCCCUCACUGACGUCAGUCAAGCUAAGACAUUAUCAGGUGAUUCUUCUAUAUGUAUGGCUUGUACUGCCCAUCUUACCGAUCGAGGUGCGGAGUGGUACAAGGGAAAAUUGCAGACUGAUCUAUGGGAGUUGGAAAGUGAAGUUGCACAAUUGGGAUUGAAGAUGGAAUAG